AUGCCACGAAAGCGAUUCGCCAGCGGUACACUGAAUACACCAGGCACAGACGCAUCGUCCUUGACAAGCACAAACGGGCCACCACCAAAAUCGAUCCCUUCCACCUUCACAGACUCCUUACCGUUGCCCGCCCUUAUAGUUUUUGACCUAGACUACACGUUAUGGCCUUUCUGGAUAGACACACAUCCCUCGCCUCCUCUCAAAGUGAACAAAGACAACACAGGCAUGAUCGACCGCUACGGCGAAACCUAUACCUUUUACCCUGAGGUGCCCUCAAUCCUGUACGAGGCCAAACGUCGCAAUAUCCUUCUCGGACUCGCCAGCCGAACACACACACCUGAUCUAGCGAAUCAAUCGCUACGAGCAAUCGAUGUGCCUGUGCCAGAACAAUACCUGAAGACAGGAAACAGCGAAGGCCCCGAAGAGAAGCCACAAAAAGCGAUUACAUUCUUCACUUUUCGCGAGAUAUACCCUGGGGCAAAGACUCGACAUUUUCGACAGAUACAGGCUGCGACGAAGAGUUUGGCAAAGAAGCAGGAGGGUAUACCUAAGGACGGGAUUGCGUAUGAGGAUAUGCUCUUUUUUGAUGACGAAUCGAGGAAUCGAGAUACCGAGCGAGAGCUGGGUGUUUCGUUUUACCUGGUUAGAGACGGUGUUACGCGCGACGAGAUUGAUAAUGGAGUUCGGCAGUGGAGGAAGAGACGAGGUAUUUCGGAGCAGAGCUCUAGUGCCUCUGCGAACGGUGACAGCUCAGAUCUUGGAUGA